AUGACGUCGUUUGACGUAGUCGACUCCUGUUUGGAGUAUCUGGCGUCACAACCUAACCCCGUUCAGUUCAUCGAUGUCCUUGCAGGCGUUCUGUUCGAGCAGGAGGAGCCCGAGCUGAGCCCUGCGGCAAAGGUUGAGCUGUGGGUAACGCUCUGCAACAACCGCGAUGUGUUGGUCAUCACCGACAAAAGCGACCCGGAUAUGAUUGCUUAUGCGACCCAAAUACGCAAGUCAGGGGCGCAGGCACUUCGCGAUGGCCAAUAUGACCUCCAAGGAUAUGAAACGAGCAAUGCGGCGGGCUCCACGGCAGGCGUCGCAUCCCAUCACGCUCGGUUUAUGCGGUUUGUCGACAGCAGUCGUAUGUUCUGCUCCAACACUAUGCGUAUGAAAAAGAUGAACCUGCUGUUGUUGGAGUCCCUUGUCAAGAGUGCCGACCGAUUUCGCAUCGUGAUGGCCAUAGCGUCGCACAGAUACAAAGGUGAGCAGUGGUACGACGUGUGGAAUGUACUGUGA